UUGAACAACGACAUAUAUCGUUUCCGAGAUCGUCAUUUUGUGAAUCAUUCUCGAUUUAUACGAACACAAUAAUGAGCGGUAAAUCAUCUGUCACUAAAUAUAGCAGGCCAGACGAAAAUCAAACACUGCUAGAUUAUACUGAGAUGCUUCAGGAUCACAAACUUUCUAAGCUUGAGAGGCACAUGAAUAUUCACACUACGCGUUCCCGAGGGGGCAGUCUAGUCGAAGAGGUUAUAGAGAAGCUUGAGAGAUUCAAAGUACGUACGGUUAACAUCUUGGUGGGAGGAGAUGAUGAAGAACAGAAGAAAUAAAACAAAUCAAAUGUUUGAAUUCAUUCAUUCUUUUCUAACGAACAAGACUUUUACUUAUUCGUUGCUCUUCAUUUUUC